AUGCGUAACGCCAUCGCGAAAGAAGUAUUGGUCGUCCUUCGCACAGGUGCCACCGAGGUACUCGAGAAGCUGCCGGUCCAUCUCACUACCGUGUUGCGAUGCAUUCCAAACUACGCCAUUUAUUCCGACUUUGAAGAAGAAUUUGGGGGACAUCAUAUUCACGACGUUUUCGACCAGCUCGACCAGGAUCUAAAAGACUCGGUGCCAGACUUUAAGCUUUACCACCAGCUAAAAACCAAAGGCCGAGAUGGUCUCUCCAUGGACGGUAUCGCACACGAUGGAAGUGGCGCAUCGGGGUCGCUAAGCAACCCUGGCUGGAAACUCGACAAGUUCAAGUUCCUGCCUAUGAUAGAUAAAGCUCUCCGCCAGAUGCCGCAAGCAAAGUGGUUCGUCUUCGUUGAACUUGACACGUACCUGAUGUGGACCAACCUGCUCGACUAUCUGUCCCAGUUCGAUGCAGAGGCCUCGCAUUACAUCGGCAAGCAAAUGUAUAUUGGCGACGUGCUUUUUGCUCACGGCGGCUCGGGGUUUGUUCUGUCGGCACCAGCAAUGAGGAAGGUGAUCCAUCAUUGGAAAUCGCAUAUGAAAGAUUUGAAUCAGUACACGAUUGAGCAGUGGGCUGGAGAUAUGGUGCUCGGAAAAGCGUUGAAGGAUGCUCAAGUGUCACUGCUGUGGGCGUUUCCUCACUUCCAGGGUGAUCCCGUUUCAACGCUCGACCACAACAUUACCAAGAUCAACAGACAGCCGUGGUGCUAUGCCGCGAUUACAUACCAUCAUAUGCCAGAGAAUGAGAUCCGGUCUCUUUCGGAAUUCGAACAAGAGUGGUAUCGUAGGCGUCCAAGGAGCGCUCCUCUGAGGCAUGCCGAUGUGUUCAAGGGAUAUAUAUACCCUAGUCUGAGCAGGGAAAGAUCAGAAUGGGACAGUUAUUCCGUCGAUAAGGCCUUCAGCAAUGAGGUUUUGAAAGGCGAGGAGGUGCACAGCUCUUUCGAAGCUUGCAAAUCGGCAUGCGAAAGGAACAUCCGCUGCCUGCAGUUCUCCUACCGCCCUUCCAGGUGUCUUGUGUCGCGUGAAGUGCGCUUGGGUCGAGCGUCGACAUUACAAUGCUCAGAGUAUUCCACUGCCGCUUCGAGGUGUGAAAAGAUGGAGGAGCCGGUGGCGGGAGGUCUGAUAUUGCAAGUAGCUGUCGAUACCUACACCCAGUUCCAGCAAGCCAUCUCCGUCGCUUCCCCAUACGCUCUCCCCUCACGCGCCAUGACUGAGCCAACUCCUGCCCCGCACAGCGAGCGCGACCCCGCGGCGGCGACCGACGCGAACGAAACACGCGACGAAGAGAUAGACGACCACAAGCCACGCGACAGCAACGGCUGGGACGGGAAGUUGCGGAUAGACAAGAUGAGCAUUGCCGACGAACCCGGCGACCCACAUGCGCAGGUUGUGAGCGACCCAGAAGUAUCAGACGACGAGGGCCCGCCUCCCGAGCAGCUGGCUGCAGACGAGGAUUUGCUCGACGAUACACCGGAAGACGAGGACGACAUAGAGAUCGUGCACUCCAAAGUCGCUGACAUGUCGGCGUUACGGUUGGAGAGGUUCAAGCAGAUGAAGCGUCUCUGCCUGCGCCAAAACCGCAUAGAAAGCAUCGCGAUACCCGACGAAGUCGCGCCGACCCUCACAGAAGUUGAUCUCUACGACAACCUCAUAGCGCACAUUAAAGGCCUCGAUGCUUUCACCGAACUCACCUCGCUCGACCUCUCCUUCAACAAGAUCAAGCACAUCAAACGCCUGAACCACAUGACAAAGCUCAAGGAUCUGUACUUUGUGCAGAACAAGAUUAGCAAGAUAGAAAACCUAGACGGGCUUUCCAACCUGCGGCAGAUCGAGCUCGGGGCGAACAGGGUACGCGAGAUUGAAGGACUGGAAACGCUGACGGGCUUGGAAGAGCUAUGGUUGGGCAAGAACAAGAUCACCGAGAUCAAAGGCCUGGACACCCUCACCAAUCUCAAGAUUCUCAGCAUUCAGUCGAAUCGCCUGCGCUCGAUAACGGGUCUGGAGAAGCUCGUCAACCUCGAAGAACUGCACAUCUCGCACAACCUCCUCACAGAACUGUCAGGUCUGGAGAACAACGUCAACCUGAACGUCAUCGACAUCAGCGCGAACCCGAUCGAACAUCUAUCGGGACUGAAUGGUCUCAAGCACCUCACUGAGUUCUGGGCAAGUAACUGCAAGUUGAGCGACUUUGGAGAGGUCGAGAAGGAGUUGAGAGAUAAGGAAGAGCUGGAGACGGUCUACUUCGAGGGCAACCCUCUUCAACGGGCACAACCGGCGCUAUACAGGAACAAGAUUCGGUUAGCGUUACCCCAGGUUGUACAGAUCGAUGCCAGUAAGUUCAAACCCCUCAACAUCUCAGAACAGACGUUAACUUUCUACCAGCAUUCGUGA